AUGUCCGCGGCCACCCCCAUCGUCGGCGACGUCCACCCGGAGGUUGUUGACGGCGUCAUCCCCAAGUCGCAGCCUACGGCCACUCCCAUUGCCCAGCCGCCCACUACAGUUCCUGCUUCACCCAGCCAGGCUAUCGGCACACGUCUCCGUGGCGUGUCCAACUCUCUCAACAGCGCCCGCUCUUCGGUGGCCGUGACGCGUGCUCGCGAGCAUGGCGCAAAGGUCUCUGCCGCGCUGGGAGGCGCCCGUCAGCGCGCUGUCGAGCUGGGAAACCACCCCGUCGCAGUUCGCGCACAGGGCAUUGCCAGUGCCAAUGCGAACCGGGCCCGCGACAUCCUUGGUCGCUCCGAGACCAUUCGCAGCGCUGAAAAGCUGACUGGCAUCGACCGUCUUCUCCUCGUCAUCGGUGGCAAUGUCCUGUUCGCACUGCUCGUUCCCUACAACAUUCUCGGCCUUGCGCACCCGAUCACCACGGCCCUCUGCCUUGCUGGUCCCACGUACCAUGCAGCUAUGCUCCUGGACGACGGCAACAUUGGCGAGAUUGACAACAUUCUCCUCUACUUUGUCUUCUUUGGCCUCGUCCAGACCAUUGAGAGCCUCGCCGCGGGAUUCCUCGAGGCCAACAUUCCCAAGUACUACACUAUCAAGCUCUUCAUUCUCGGCUACCUCGGCCACCCUCGUUGGAAGGGUGCCUCCAAGAUCUACGACGUGACUCUCAGGAAGCUCGUUGGCAACAGGGCUGCUCCCAUCCCGGCGGUUGACAACACCUCUGGUGGAGGCUACGCUGUCCAGCCUGACAAGGAUGACUGGCCGCCCGCGGCCGUCAGCUCCCCUACUGUCAUCUCUUAA